AGGGACCAGAGCGGAGAGCAGGAGAGGGCUCGCCAUCCAGUCCGCCGACUAAGCAGAAGGAAGACCAGAAAGCGGAGGAGAGGCCACGAGCGCACGGGCGCCCUCGGGAACCACUGCCUCUCCUCCGGGCGGACAGCCCUCCAACACCCCGCACCCGGUGCCUCCCGGGGACAAAGGGUCCGAGGCAGAGGCGGCGCGACCCCCAGGCUCGGCCCCACCGCGGAGCCCACGCCACUGCCCGGACCAUGUCUCCCGCCGCCCGGCCCGCCCGCCGCCCGCUGCUCCCCCUGCUCGCGCUCGCCGCCGCGCUCGCCGCCCUCGGUUCGGCCCAGAGCAGCUUCAGCCCCGAAGCCUGGCUGCAGCAGUAUGGCUACCUGCCCCCCGGGGACCUGCGGACCCACACACAGCGCUUACCUCAGUCACUCUCAGCUGCCAUCGCUGCCAUGCAGAAGUUCUACGGUCUACGAGUGACGGGCAAAGUAGAUCCAGACACCAUGAAGGCCAUGAAGCGCCCCCGCUGUGGUGUUCCAGACAAGUUUGGGGCUGAGAUCAAGGCCAACGUUCGAAGGAAGCGCUACGCCAUCCAGGGCCCCAAAUGGCCGCAUAACGAGAUCACUUUCUGCAUCCAGAACUACACCCCCAAAGUGGGCGAGUACCGCACAUACGAGGCCAUCCGCAAGGCGUUCCGCGUGUGGGAGAGCCACACGCCGCUGCGCUUCCGAGAGAUCCCCUAUUCCUACAUUGAGAACGGCCACCAGCACGCCGACAUCAUGAUCAUGUUUGCCGAGGGCUUCCACGGCGACAGCACGCCCUUUGACGGCGAGGGUGGCUUCCUGGCACACGCCUACUUCCCAGGCCCCAACAUCGGAGGCGACACCCACUUUGACUCUGCGGAGCCCUGGACUGUGGAGAAUCAGGAUCUGAAUGGGAACGACAUCUUCCUGGUGGCCGUGCACGAGCUGGGCCACGCCCUGGGCCUCGAGCACUCCAGCGACCCCUCGGCCAUCAUGGCCCCCUUCUACCAGUGGAUGGACACGGAGAACUUCGUGCUGCCCGACGACGACCGCCGGGGCAUCCAGCAGCUCUACGGGAGUAAGUCGGGCCCCACCAAGAUGCCCCCUCCGCCCAGGACCACCGCCCGGCCCUCUUUCCCUGAUAAGCCCAAAAACCCCACCUUCGGGCCCAACAUCUGCGACGGGAACUUUGACACCGUGGCUGUGCUCCGAGGGGAGAUGUUUGUCUUCAAGGAGCGCUGGUUCUGGCGAGUGAGAAACAACCAAGUGAUGGACGGGUACCCCAUGCCCAUCGGCCAGUUCUGGCGGGGCCUGCCUGCAUCCAUCAACACUGCCUACGAGAGGAAGGAUGGCAAGUUUGUCUUCUUCAAAGGAGACAGGCACUGGGUGUUUGACGAAGCUUCCCUGGAGCCUGGCUACCCCAAGCCCCUUAAGGAGCUGGGCCGAGGGCUGCCUGCCGACAGGAUUGAUGCCGCCAUCUUCUGGGUACCCAAUGGGAAGACCUACUUCUUCCGGGGAAACAAGUACUACCGCUUCAACGAGGAGCUCAGGACGGUGGAGAACGACUACCCCCAGAACAUCAAGAUCUGGGAAGGCAUUCCCGAGGCUCCCAGAGGGUCCUUCAUGGGCAGCGACGAAGUCUUCACGUACUUCUACAAGGGGAACAAGUACUGGAAAUUCAACAACCAGAAGCUGAAAGUGGAGCCGGGCUACCCCAAGUCCGCCCUGCGGGACUGGAUGGGCUGCCCGUCGGAGGGCCGGCCGGACGGGGGGACUGAGGAGGAGACGGAGGUGAUCAUCAUCGAGGUGGACGAGGAUGGCGGUGGGGCGGUGAGCGCGGCCGCGGUGGUGCUGCCUGUGCUGCUGCUGCUGCUGGUGCUGGCCGUGGGCCUCGCUGUCUUCUUCUUCCGGCGCCACGGGACCCCCAAGCGGCUGCUCUACUGCCAGCGGUCCCUGCUGGACAAGGUCUGACCCCCACCGCUGCCCACCCACUCCUACCACGUGGACUUGGCCUCUGAGGGCGAGUGGCAGCAGAUGGUGGUGGGUGGGCUGCUCCCACCCGCUCCAAGCUCUCCCCCCACCCUGCCUCCCUCCUCUGUUCCACAGCAGGCCCCUCCCACCUCAACCCUGGCAUUGCUUCUUCUCUAGACCGGUCCCCUGGGGGCUGAACAGGGGCCACCCCUUCCGGCCCCUGCCCCUCCACGGCCCCUGUAGCCUGGCAUGUGUCCAGCCCCGUCUGAAUGUCUUGGCUCUGCACUUGAAGGCAGGACCCUCAGACCUCACUGGUAAAGGUCAAAUGGGGUCACCUGCUCCUUUCCAUUCCCUGACAUACCUUCAACCUCUGAACUCUGACCUCAGGAGGCUCUGGGCACUGCAGCCCCGGCAGGCCCCCCAAGUGUACCCAGUUGGCAGCCUCCCACCACUCUUCUUUUGUGGGGGGAGACCCUGCGAGAGGGUGAGGAGAUGGGGGCCACAUUGCCACCUUGUAAGACCUGGGGAGGAAGGUUCAGAGAGGAUCAGUCUUCUUCAGAAAGCUCUGCCUCUCCCCCUCAUUCUGCUCCCCAAGAACUUCAUGGAAGGAGCCUGAGCCAUUAAGGAGGUAACUGAGGCUGCAGAAACCCCCGACAGCCCUACCCUCCCAAAUGUUAGCCUUGGACGAGGAUGUCGAGGUUGGAAGAGCUGAGGCCUGGGAGUGCAGAUACGGGGUGUGUCUCUGUAGGAAGAGACUCGGUCCAGAGCCCUGGGGGUGAGCCUCAAGGCCACGGAGAAAGGACCUUGCAGGUGCCAGGGGCCGAGCAGUCAGAGGGGAUAAGAGGGACCAAAAGGAGGUUCAGCGGGAGUGGACAGCGGGAGGUGACGCGCUGGAGGUGGAGCAGGCUAAGCCGUUAGGGACGCACAGGGUGGACGCACCUGGGGGAGGCACGUUUUACCGGAGCUGGAGGAGGAGCCCACGAAAGGCACACCUGCUCCGCCUCGUGCCUUCCCUCUGACCGGAGAGCACAGAGGGGAAGGGGAAGGAGCCCAGGAAAAGGAGCAGAGAUGGCACGUCUGGGGACUGGCAGCUGGCCCUUGGAGAGAGUAGCUACCUAGUUAGAGAGCAGAGAGCUCCCAGCGGUAGGAGCACCGAGUCAGCAGGCCUCAGAGAGAGCAGAUGCCUGAGCAUUUCUUGUUUCUUGGUCAGGUUACCUCAUCACUUCCUGGUGCCCCCACCCCUCUGCCCAUCCUUUCUGUGUCCCGCCCUCCCCUCAUCCCGCCCCCUUCCCCAGCCCAUCCAUUUGAAGUCUCCUUCAGCCACCGAAGGUGGUCAUGGUACUGGGGACUUGAGAAAGUGAGAGACCCUUCGGGAGUGAAAAGAGAGGGAUGUCAGGGGUGGGGCAUUGGGGGGGGGGGUUGGGGGGGAAUGGGAUGAACGGUGCUGGCAGUUCGGCUAAAUUUGUCUUGUUUGGGUUUUUUGUUUUGUUUAAUGUAUAUUUUUAUUAUAAUUAUUAUAUAUGAAUUCCCUUCAAAUCGUUCCUUUUUGUUAACAAGGGGCAUGGGGAGGGUUUGGGGUGGGGGGGGCAGAGGCAUUGACCCCAGGAACCUGCAGGGCGGGGCUGGGUCAGUGCCCUUUAAGGAUAUUUUUUACCUUGUUCAACCUUUCCACAAAAAAUAAAUGGUGUUUCACA